AGGUUGACGAUGAUGUGUCAAAUUGUGUAAAGGCAUCGCAUGGAGAUGGGCAUCUUGAACUGUUAAUGGGGACAUGGGACUCCGGUUGUCUCUGAUCACUUGUGUGGAUUUUCCUGGUGUAGAACGACAGAAGCCGCCAGUAAGUCAUCAAGACCUACAGCAGGAAAUCUGCGAACAAGGGCAUCCAACCUUGUUAUUUUAAUUUGUGUCUGGGAGAAUGUCUGAGCAAAGUGACCUGAAUCAGGCGAUAGUGGAGCAAGGCGGGACUGAGCAGGAGCUGGCCACUCCAGAGAACGGUGUGGUUAAAGCAGACAGCCUGGAUGAAGAGGAGAAGCUGGAACUGCAGAGGCGGCUGGCGGCUCAGAACCAAGAGAGAAGAAAAUCCAAGUCAGGAGCAGGGAAAGGUAAACUGACUCGCAGUCUUGCCGUCUGUGAGGAGUCCUCAGGCAGAGCAGGAGGCGAAAGUCUUCAGGAUCAGGAAUCAAUUCAUUUACAGCUUUCCAGUUUCCCCAGCCUGCAAGAGGAUGAUAAAUCUAGGAAAGAUGACUCUGAGAGAGAAAAAGAAAAGGAUAAAAACAAAGAUAAAACCUCUGAAAAACCCAAGAUCAGAAUGUUAUCAAAAGAUUGCAGCCAAGAAUAUACGGAUUCUACAGGCAUAGAUUUACACGAAUUUCUGAUUAACACAUUAAAGAAUAACUCCAGGGACAGGAUGAUACUCUUGAAAAUGGAGCAGGAAAUUAUUGAUUUCAUUGGUGACAACAAUAAUCAUUAUAAAAAGUUCCCUCAGAUGUCGUCCUAUCAGAGGAUGCUUGUCCAUCGGGUGGCAGCUUACUUUGGCCUGGAUCACAACGUGGAUCAAACAGGGAAAUCUGUUAUCAUCAACAAGACCAGCAGCACCAGAAUACCAGAGCAAAGGUUUUGUGAACAUUUAAAAGAUGAAAAAGGUGAAGAAUCCCAGAAGCGGUUUAUCUUGAAGCGAGAUAACUCUAGUAUUGAUAAAGAAGACAAUCAGUCAGUUUGCUCCCAGGAAAGCCUUUUUGUGGAAAACAGUAGGCUCUUGGAAGACAGUAACAUAUGCAAUGAGACCUAUAAGAAAAGACAGCUCUUUCGGGGCAACAGAGAUGGCUCAGGGAGGACAUCUGGGAGUCGACAGAGCAGCUCAGAGAAUGAACUCAAGUGGUCUGACCACCAAAGGGCCUGGAGCAGCACGGACUCUGACAGCUCUAACCGCAAUCUGAAGCCAGCCAUGACCAAGACAGCGAGUUUCGGUGGCAUCACAGUGCUGACCAGAGGUGACAGCACGUCCAGUAGCAGGAGUACCGGGAAGCUGUCCAAAGCAGGUUCUGAAUCUUCCAGCAGUGCAGGUUCCUCAGGAUCGCUGUCCCGUACCCAUGCACCCAUCCAGAGCGCACCCCUGGUCUCGGGCGUGGCAGUCAGUUCUUCCAGCUGUGUGCCCUAUACUGAGAAUGGAAUGGGGGGGCAAGUCACUCCGAGCAGCACCAGCUACAUCCUCCUUCCACUCGAAGCUGCAACAGGCAUCCCACCUGGAAGCAUCCUUCUUAAUCCGCACACAGGCCAGCCCUUUGUAAAUCCCGAUGGAACUCCUGCAAUAUACAACCCACCCAGCAGUCAGCAGCCCCUGCGGAGCACGAUAGUGGGGCAAUCCCAGCAGCAACCACAACAGCAGCCCUCUCCUCAGCCUCAGCAGCAGGUCCAGCCAUCACAGCCGCAGAUGACAGGCCCACUGGUCACUCAGUCUGUCCAGGGGCUGCAGGCUUCCUCACAAUCAGUGCAAUAUCCAGCAGUCUCUUUUCCUCCCCAGCAUCUUCUGCCUGUGUCUCCAACGCAGCACUUCCCCGUGAGAGAAGAUGUGGCAACACAGUUCAGCCAAAUCAACCUGAGCCGGCAAUCCUCAGGAGAAACCCCUGAGCCCCCAUCAGGUCCCGUCUACCCAUCGUCCCUCAUACCGCAGCCAGCCCAACAGCCAAGCUAUGUCAUCGCCUCCACAGGCCAGCAGCUUCCUCCAGGGGCCUUUUCAGGCUCUGGACCACCCAUCUCCCAACAAGUCCUCCAGCCCCCUCCCCCACCACAGGGAUUUGUGCAACAGCCUCCACCUGCACAGAUGCCCGUAUAUUAUUACCCAUCUGGUCAGUACCCUACCUCAACCACACAGCAGUACAGGCCCAUGGCCUCAGUUCAGUACAGUGCUCAGAGGAGUCAGCAGAUACCACAGGCGGCACAACAAGCAGGUUACCAGCCAGUCUUGUCUGGUCAACAGGGGUUCCAAGGCCUAAUAGGAGUGCAGCAGCCACCACAGAGUCAGACUGUGAUGAGCAAUCAACAAGGAACUCCGGUGCAAAGUGUGAUGGUCUCCUACCCAACCAUGUCUUCUUAUCAGGUGCCAAUGACCCAGGGUUCUCAAGGACUGCCCCAGCAGUCAUACCAACAGCCAAUCAUACUACCUAACCAGGCAGGUCAAGGGUCACUCCCAGCCACUGGGAUGCCUGUUUACUGUAACGUCACACCGCAGACCCCUCAGAACAAUCUGCGGCUGAUUGGCCCACACUGCCCCUCCAGCACUGUCCCCAUGAUGUCGGCUAGCUGCAGGACAAACUGUGCAAGUAUGAGCAACGCCGGAUGGCAGGUCAAAUUCUGAGAGCUCUGGUCGGUGGUACAUUUCUUCAGAUUUUACUCAUGGCCUUUAAGGGAAGAGGAGCAACAUGAAAAAACUGGCUGAGGACUUAAGUUUUCUCUCAACACUCAAAUGGUUGCUGCUGGUAUUCUGUACAAAACAAAGACUAAUACACACAUUAGCUGGUUAAUGGUGCAUAUUUCUGUCAUGUCUGCUAGGUAUGCCUUUAUAGCUUAGCUAGUGACAUGAAUUCAUCAAGGUAAGAUUUUUUCCUACCACUGAAUACCACUGUGUAGACUGUAAUAUCCCUAAUUUGGAUUAGUUUUGUACUUUGUGUUGAGUUUGUGAUGCUAAAAGUAUUUAAAUAUUAUAUACUGAAAUCACAUUGUACCAAAGCUGUAAUGGGAAAAGAAAAGAAUUGAUGAAUGGAAGGAAUAAUUUAUAUACACUAUAGAAUUUUCUUUUUUAAUGGAUACAUACUGUAUUGUAGUGUUUAAUCAAAAUAAAACUAUUUGACCUUAUGGAGGAAGGUCAUUUUUUAGCACCAUGUUGGUUCA